CUCUCUUAUUUAUCCCUGUACGAACCCCAAGAUAGCACCAGAGAGCACCAGUCAGAUCUGUCUUCAGCAGCGGUGGCUGAAUCCCUGGUCUCUGAAUGGUCUCACGGAGUUUGGUUCCUGGACUUGCGAUAGUCCAGGUCCAGGAGCAAGGGCCAGGGCGCCGUGGACACCAGCAUGGUCCAGCGUGUGCGCAAGGGGCGUUUUGGCGGGGAAGACGCUCGCCAACGCUUGUGCGGCCCCUGACUGGUCAGAGUCUUAACGACAUGCCCCUUUGGGAAGUGUUGACCAGCAGGCCAAGGGUCAGUCUAAUUUGCGAUGGGGGGACUUCAUGGGCAUACACGCACCUUACGGCCUGUUACAUGCAAGGCUAGGCCUCAUAAGUCAUGGAUGGGAUCCUCUUUUCUCUGGUACUUCUUCGAGAAAUCCAAGGUUGAGGUUAUUUUGUGGGUAGACGCCUUCCGAUCUCCCGCUUCCUCUACCUUGUCCUGGUCGUCUGUCCAUCUUCUUCCCUCUUCAACCACGAGCGCCGCAUACGUUGUGGGUCUUAAAUUGGAUAUGAAGGAUACAUAAGGAUGGAACCCGCGCCCUGACCUUCUUUAACGUCAGCCUCAGCAAGGGACCGGGUCAACCAUCUAAUCGUGCUCAUCUGUAGCCUCACGUUCGCUGUUGCUUCGAUCGACUGUUGCUUUACUUCUCUGUACCAAGAGGUAGCAGGUCAAGAUGUCGGGCAUCAUGUCUACCACCACUGUCGUUUCUGCCUUCUUACUCUCGUUUUUGGUCAGCCAUGUCAACUCCUUGGCUUCCACCGAUACCAUUACCUGGGGUGGAGAUAAUUCUCGCACUGGAUAUCAAACUAAUCAUAAUAUGGAUCCUUCCAUAGUAGGAAGCUCCCAAUUCGGUCAACUCUUCAAAACUGUUUUACCAGGUGCUUACGGUGGCGUUCCCGAGCAAUUGUUCGCUCAACCGCUCGUUUAUACACCCUCUGAUGGUAUCCAAUAUGUCUACGUUGCUACGACUCAGAACAACCUGUAUAAAGUCAAUGCUAAGACUGGCGCCAUCGUCCGGUCAAGGAACUUGCACAUCCCAUUCUUGACCGCAGAUCUGGAUGGAUGUGUUGAUAUCAACCCCCACGUUGGUAUAACAGCUACUGGAGUCAUUGAUCCAGCCACCGACACACUCUACUUGACUUCGAAAACAUACCUUGAUCAGACCCAGGUCAACGUUGCUCAAGGAAGACCAGCGGGACGUUACUACUUCCACGCCAUCGAUGUCAACGAUCUUUCCGAGCGCGCCGGCUUCCCCAAGGACCUGGAAGGGAUUGUUGCCCGAAACAACCCAAGUCGAAGCUUUGGUGGAGGUAUUCAUCACCAACGUCCUGCUCUGCUUCACUCUGGACAAUACAUAUAUGCUGGAUUCGCUUCUCACUGCGUACAAUACAAUUUCACUGGAUGGAUCAUGGGAUGGGACAAGACAACCGGCGCAGUCGUUGAGAGAUAUGCUACUGAAGGUGCUGGUGUUGAUUUCGAGACCAAGGGAGGCGGUAUCUGGAUGUCUGGAGGUGGUAUAUCCUCAGACGAUGCCGGGUCUAUGUUCUUCGCCACUGGAAACGGUUAUGCCUCUCAACUCAGUACCAUUCCUGUCAACGGCCGAAACCCCCCAACAUCUCUCGAGCAAGCUGCCGUCCAUAUGACUAUCAACGCAGAUGGAAGUCUGAGUAUCGUCGAUUUCUUCAUGCCGUGGGAAAAGACGCAAUUGGAUGGUGCCGACAAAGAUCUUGGAACGACUCCUCUGGAACUCCUACCUAGCGAAUUUUCUUGCGGUGAUGUGAAGCGCAUUGGUGUUGUCACUGGAAAGAGUGGUAAGACCUACUGGUUGAACUUGGAUAACUUGGGAGGAUACCAGAACGGACCAAACAAGCUGGAUGAUGUUAUUCAGGUGUACCAGAAUGAGAAUUCUGUAUAUGCUGGAGCAGGUGUCUAUCCUCUGGAAGGUGGAUACAUCUACAUUAGCGUCAUCGGUUAUCCUACCCACGUCUUCAAGUUUUCUUGCAGCGCAGGUGUCCCGUCUUUCGCCAAGGUUGCAGACACUCCUAGCGCCAAUGCUGGUAUUCUUGGUGUCGGCCACGGCACCACAACCUCUCUUGACGGCCAAGCUGGCACCGGCCUUCUCUGGACCAGCGACGUCCGUGGACAGAGUCUUCGUAUCUACAAAGCUGUUCCCGACAAUGGGUUGUUGACACAGAUCAAUGGUUUCAACGUUGAUAGUGUCACUAAAUUUACUCGCCCCGUGUUCGGAGAUGGUCGUGUUUACAUUGGAACCACUAAAGGGUUCCUCUAUGGAUUCGGUUCCCCAAUUAACUUGCCGCUCAACUGCACUUCACCCGUGGACUUCGGCACUGCCAACCUCAAUACCUCGACUGCUUCGAAAACGAUCACUUGUAAAGCCAAUGUCGCUGUCACGAUUUCGAACGCAAGUUUCGUCGGCGAUUCGAACUUCGUUGUUAGCGGCCUACCGACUAUACCAUCUACUUUUGCGGCAGGUGCUACUUUCACGAUGACUGCUGUCUUUAACCCUAAAUCUGUUGGAAUUCUGUCUUCGGAUAUUCUUCUCACCACGUCCAAUGGAGUCGCCGGUUACAGUACGAGCACACCAAUUACUCUGCGUGGUACCGGGCAGAGUAUCGAUGCACUGCUUCGCAUUAGCCCUGUCACCCUCGCCUUCGAGAAUGUCAUUGCUGGAGGACAAGUUGGCGGUGUCAACCAAUCUGCUAUUUUCACGAACCUGGGGAAUGCAGAGCUGACCAUUUCUGACAUCCAAUAUUCGAUAGUUGGCGAGCAAGGCCCUUUCAUUCCUCCCAACGGUACAGCUGCCAACCCUAAAGCCGGACCCUUCACUUUCUACGGGCUCCCGCAAACUAUUCCUGGUAACUCUGGUGUGACUAUCAAUGUUAAUUUCGACAGCUCAGUCACUGGGAACUACGGAGCCUAUUUAAAGGUUGUCUCCAAUGGCGGAAUCGAGCUCUUCGAUGUCGUCGGAACUGCUGGCUCUGCACCCAAGGCUCUCAUCGAGUUCCAGACAACAGACGGACUUGGAUGGGUUACCUUCGACCCAGCUAAGAACUUCACAUUCGGAAAUGUGACUGAGAACCAGACCCGCUCGCUAAAGAUGCGUGUCACCAAUAACGGCACAAGCGAAAGCACCAAGCUGUAUUUGACUGUUUCCAAACCUCCCUUCGGUGUCCCCGGCAUAAUCGGCGCAAAUAACCAAGUCGAUCUCGCUGAAGGUACAAGUCUCGCUCCUGGCGAGAACGCUACCGCAACCCUCUACUGCUCGGUCCCCAAGACUCAAUGGAACCAAGACCCUUACUACGGAACCGCCCAUUGGACCAUGAAUCUUGACGAUCCUACUUUUGGCAAGCACGAUAUUGGAUUUGAGUGUACAGCCGUUACGGAGCAAGCACCACCCCUCUUGUCCAAUGGUCUCGGUCUGUACAAAUACACAGGCUGUUUCAAGGAGAACAAUCCUGGUCGUCAACUUCAGAACCAACUCACUGCUUCGGACAAUAUGACCAAUGCCAUCUGCAUUGCUGCUUGUAACGCAGCAGGUGUUGUUUUCUGCGGCACACAAUACAACAGAGAAUGCUGGGGUGGUCCCAAGAUCCCGACUCUCGAGGUUGAUGAAGGCAACUGCAACUACCCCUGCAAAGGAGACAUCAACCAGAUCUGUGGUGGUAAUGGAGUUGGUGCUGGAUCAGGCGGAAGCUAUAUCUCGCUCUUCGCAGAUUCCAGCCGUUUCGACGGAAACGUGACAACUCCUAAACCAACAACAACAACAGCCUCCACCCCUGCUCCAACUGGCGGUCCAUUUGUCAACCCAGGUGUUGGUGGAUACUCCAGCAUUGGAUGUUACACCGAGUCAACCACUGGCCGCGCGCUACCAAACGGAAAGACAAUCACAAGCAAGACUGUUGCACUUUGUGUCGCUGCUUGCUCUGCUAGCGACUACAUCUACGCUGGCUUGGAGUAUGGCGGUGAGUGUUGGUGUGGCAACACCUUCACCGCCGGCUCUGUCCCUACAGCUAUCACCGAAUGCAACAUGGUUUGUGGUGGCAACAGCACCGAGUAUUGUGGAGCGGGAAGACGAUUGAACGUUUACCAAAGGAACUCAGCUUCAUCUUCAUCAUCGAGCCGACCUGUGACUAUAUCUUCUUCUAGCUCCAGAAGUUCAUCCGGAUUUAACACGAGUUCCGCAUACUCUGCUGUUUCUAGUUCCAGCUCAGCUGUAACAUCAGGAAGCACCUCCGCGAGCAUCACAACAUCAUCGUCGCGCACAAGCUCAGUGAGCACUUCUGUCAGCGUCAUCACAAGGUUACCACCCGUCUCGACGACGACUGCGACUUCCGCAGUUCCGACCACAUCCAAGGCACCUUCGGGCCCAGCCAUCGUCCCAUCGGUUGGUCUGUACAACUAUGCAGGCUGCUACACCGAGGGUUCGAAUGUGCGGGCUCUUUCUGGUGCGCUGCACGCCAAUGAUUCUAUGACCAUUCAGAUGUGCGCUCAAGCAUGCUCGGCCUAUACUUACUUCGGAGCUGAGUAUGGUCGUGAAUGUUGGUGCGGAAACUCCUUCGGCAUAGGCUCUACUCUCGUGUCUGACAAGGACUGCACGAAAGUAUGCGGUGGCGACAGCACGCAAUACUGCGGAAACGGAAACCGCUUGAGCGUAUACAUCAAGAACGGCACCGCAGGAGCAAGCGGAUCCAGCCGUUCCUCUGCACCCACUCAAGUCUCUACAGCAACCUCAAGCGCCUCAUCAAUCUCACCCUCCUCAUCCUCUACCUCACCCGCCACCACAUCCAGCAGCAGUGGAACCUACACCGGCCCACCCGUCACCUCCCAAGGCAACGUAAACUUUACCUACUACUCCUGCGUCUCUGAACCCUCCUCGGGGCGUCUUCUCCCAGGUCAACUCGAAAACAACGCUACAUCCAUGACUAUCGAAAAAUGUCUCUCCAAAUGCUGGAACUUCAAGUACGCGGGAGUGGAAUACGGCCAAGAGUGCUGGUGUGGCAAUACUCUCAAUACGGCAGGUAAUGCAGGAGCUACACCUAGUGCGAACUUGACGGAUAGUAAGUGUAACUUCAAGUGUCCUGGGAACUCGAGUGAGUUCUGUGGAGCGGGAGGUGCGAUGAAUUUGUAUUGGUUUGAUUUGGAGAAGGCGGCUAGGAAUUCCGGGGAGAAGUGAGCUUGCUGGGAGGGGUUUAUGUAAGAAAGUACUCGGGUAUAGGGAUUGUAUAUACGGCACGCACGCAUACACUACGCGGUGUUGCUUUUGGAUCCUGUAUCUGUUGAAAGAUUGGGGAUAUCUUCACGUACAUGUUAUAUGCUAUCAUGAUUUGAAUAGCUAGCUGUCUUCCUUCUCGAGCCGAAUACGGAAUAGAAUGGCCUGGUUUGGAUUCGAGUUAAUGUUCAAUUCGGUAUGGGCAUAAAGAAAAUGUAUCUUUGAUAAUGAAUUAUUCUUCCGCUGCUCUGAAUGCUGUGGUAAUCUGGAUCUUAAUACAGGAAUCGUGGUCAUUUACACCACUAAA